AUGGGUGCUCUCAACAGCUUACCUGACAAAUUGGCAGGUAGCGAGCACCUUACCACACACGAUGAUGCUAAAGCGAGCACCUUACCACACGAUGAUGCUAAAGCGAGCACCUUACCACACGGUGAUGCUACUUAUGCUAAAUCGAUCGGGUUCGAUUUGUUCUGGAUUGGGAUGCCCCGCACUCGAGAAGGAUAUUAA